AGAUGUCGCAAUUAAUCGGAUCCUCUAUAUUUGGAGGACAUUGCGAGGAACCAACAAAUACAAAAAAUACGCACCAGGUAUCGAUCGAUUGCCAGGCGGGCAGGUCGUCACGGCAACUGCGCCGUGGGGCCCCAACCGAAUAAGGGCCGUUUUCCAGUGGCCGUCUGAAUGACACGCAAGGUGCAUUAAUAAUCGACGAUGGAAAACGUGUACCGUUUCAAGAAGAGAAUGGUUUAUCCGGAAAAGUUAGCGCUCGAUCAAGUGGCACCUAGAACAGCCUCGAAAUCGGCUUCUUCAUGGUGUAGUGAACCAAAUAAAACCAUCAUUAACGUUGUGGAAAAGAAGGAUGAUACUAGAAAAUCGACCUCACCAGAGAAUUCUGCUAAUAUGGGUGCAAAUAAACAAUUUAUUCAAGAUAGAAUAAGACAUUUAGUCGAUGCUUUCACACUUAGAGCACAAACCGUAAAAGAACGAAUACAAAUGCCACCAACACCUUCAUCAAUAAGCAGUAGAGAGACUUUAGAUGAACCAGCCGUUGAUGCGGAAGCUGUAAAAACUAAAUUAACUAACCCACAAGACACCGACACCAAAUCAGAAGAAAUCGAAUUGAGCAAUAAGACGUUUUGCUCCAAGAUACGACACGUUUAUGAUACGAAAGUCAUUGAUCCUCAAGGAAAAGUAUACGUUUUUUGGAUGUCAAUUGCGGCAUCUGCAGUUUUAUAUAACACUUGGGUGAUUCCCUUGAGGUGUUCUUUUCCCUAUCAAACACCCGAAAACACAGCAAUAUGGAUGGCUGCCGAUUAUUUAGCCGAUUUUAUUUAUAUCGUUGAUAUGUUGCUCAUUCAACCAAGAAUUAUGUUUUUAAGCGAAGGAUUUUGGAUGAAAGAUUUUAAUUUUACAAGACAAAAUUAUAUGAGAAAAACAAGGUUUAAGAUGGAUUUAUUAUCAAUUCUUCCCUUAGAUUUUUUUUAUUUUUUAUGGGGACCACAAAAAGUUAUAUUAAGGAUCCCAAGAAUAAUAAAAAUGCACACAUUUUGGGACUUUUUUGACCUCGUUGAUAAAUUAAUAGCAUCACCACACAUAUUAAGAAUAACACGAACGCUCCUUUACAUGAUGUAUCUAAUCCAUCUAAACGCUUGUGCUUAUUACGGGUUCUCAGCUUGGGAAGGAAUCGGUUCAAACAAUUUCGUUUUUAACGGCGAAGGAAACGCUUACAUAAAAUGUUUUUAUUUCGCCACAAAAACCGCGACUUCAAUCGGAAAAAAUCCAAAACCAACGCAAGAACUUGAAUAUCUUUUUAUGACGUUUUCUUGGUUAAUGGGGGUGUUCGUUUUUGCCUUAUUAAUCGGUCAGAUAAGGGAUAUAAUAGCGACGGCGACAAGAUCACAAACGGAAUAUAGAAAACUGGUCGAUGAGACCUUGGAGUAUCUUAGAAGACUUAAUUUACCUCAAGACAUGCAACGCAGAGCUCAAUUGUGGUUUCAUUAUACUUGGGAAACACAACACACUUUAGAUGAAAACACCAUCAUGGAUUGUCUACCUCAUAAAAUGAAAACGGAUGUUUCAAUAAACGUCCACAUUCAAACUCUAAGUAAAGUAAAAUUAUUCGCCGAUUGCGAUGAAGCACUUCUAAGAGAAUUAGUUCUACAAUUAAAGUCAGUAAUUUAUCUCCCAGGAGAUAUUAUUUGUAAAAGAGGAGAUGUUGGAAAAGAAAUGUACAUCAUCCAAUCGGGUAAAGUUCAAGUUCUUGGUAAAUGUGAAAAUGAAGUUUUAGCGACUUUAUCCGAAGGAUGUGUUUUUGGAGAAAUAAGUUUGUUAGGAAUAGCCGGAAUGAAUCGGAGAACAGCCGAUGUUCGUUCUUAUGGUUACUCUAAUCUCUUCGUCUUGAGCAAAGCUGAUUUAAAUGCCGCUUUAUCCCAUUAUCCGGAAGCUCAAGACUUGCUCAACAAGAAAGCCAAACAACUAAUGAAGAAAAACGCCGCGUUGGAACGUAAAAGAAACGCUUUAAUCGUCAUUAAUAACCCCGUUCCUAGAAAGCCACAAGCUAAACUUAUUGAUACAGUGUUACAAGUCCUUCCAGCCGAUUCAGAAACAAGGAAACUUCUUCGUUUUGGGUCACGAAUUGGACAUUCAAAGCCACAAAAUGAUAAAUUUAAAGUUCGAAAUAGUUUACCUUCUGUUAUGGACAUUAAUUAUUAUAAUAAUUGUUUAAAUAAUUCUUUCGAAACUAGUGUUACCGUUCAUAGAUCGAUGAGUUAGAAAGUGAUAUUUUUUUAUUGGGUGAUAUAUGAGAUUAGGAAGUAAUAAAAUGAUGAAGGAAGAACUGUUAUAUUUUUGGAUUUUUAGAUGAUCGAUGUUAAAAUAAAUAAAUUUAUUGUUUA